GAACGAGAAGAAAGCCAAACGUAUGCUCCUCCUUUUUAGUGCAAAUAAAUAAAUGGCAAAGAGAGGAAACAUGCAUAGCUAACAACAAGAGAGUAAAGAUGGAAGAGACAGUGCCUAACAUUGAAGAGAAGGCAUGGCCUGCGCAAGAGCUAAGGAAGUUAAGCUUCAUGGCCGCACCAAUGGUGGUCGUUUCAGUAUCACAGUACCUGUUGCCGACCGUUUCACUGAUGAUGGCAGGCCACCUUGGUAGCUUACCCCUUUCUGGUGUGUCAGUUGCUUCUUCCUUCACCAAUGCUACUGGCUUCGCUCUCCUUAUAGGAUUAUCUGGAGCUCUAGAAACUCUGUGUGGGCAGGCUUAUGGAGCAGGCCAAUACAAAAAGUUUGGAAGCUAUCUCUACUGUGCAAUAAUAUCUCUACUUCCAAUUUGUCUUCCUGCAUCUAUUCUGUGGAUAUUCAUGGACAGAAUAUUGAUAUCAAUAGGUUUAGACCCUAAAAUUUCAAUGGAAGCUUGCAGAUACUCAAUUGGACUUAUACCAGCUUUAUUCGGCUUUGCAAUUCUUCAAUCUUUGGUUCGCUACUUCCAAACUCAAAGUUUGAUUCUUCCAAUGCUCAUAAGCUCUUGUGCAACUCUUUCAGCCCAUAUUCCACUCUGUUGGGCUUUAGUUUUUAAGUGGGAAUUUGGAGCUAUUGGAGGAGCGAUGUCCAUUGGUCUGUCUUAUUGGUUAAAUGUUAUCUUUCUUGCUUGUUACAUGAGAUGGUCUUCUUCUUGUGAGAAAACAAGAGUCCUCUGCUGGAAAGAUGUUUUCUCAAGCAUUAGCGAGUUUUGGCGCUUCGCCCUCCCGUCUGCUGUAAUGGUUUGUCUUGAAUGGUGGACAUUUGAGCUACUUACAUUGCUAGCUGGAUUCCUACCAAAUUCGAAGCUUGAAACAUCAGUUCUUUCUAUCUGCAUUACGACUACAACAGUAAACUACUAUGUACAAUAUGGUCUUGGCGCUGCUGCGAGCACUCGAGUCUCUAACGAGCUAGGAUCAGGAAAUCCACAGAAAGCUCGAUCUGUCGUUCGUGUAAUACUUGCUGUUUCAAUUACAGAGGCAGUUAUAGUAAGCACAGCACUCUUCUGCUGCCGCAGGAUUUUUGGAUAUGCGUACAGCAACGACAAGGAAGUUGUGAACUAUGUUACUGAAAUAGCUCCCUUGCUUUGUCUUUCGGUUAUAAUGGAUAGCUUACAAGCAGUACUUUCUGGGAUUGCCAGAGGAUGUGGGUGGCAACGCACAGGGGCAGUUAUCAACUUCAGCGCGUAUAAUUUUGUUGGAGUUCCAGUGUCUGUUGUGUUAUGCUUUGUUGUACAUCUUAAAGGCAAAGGGCUUUGGAUUGGAGUACUUACAGGGUCUGUUGUGCAAGUAGCAUUGCUCGCCCUCAUGACUGCUUCAACAGAUUGGCAGAAACAGGCAACCAUGGCAAAGGAGAGAAUGUUUAAGAGACAAUUGGAGCAGACAAUGGAUGGAAUUGAACUUUGAAGAACGAAAAAGGAAAAAGCAGAGAGGAAAGUCCAAACGGAAUGUUUAAUCAAAAUGUUAUUUUACUUGACGUGGUUAUACUAAUCAACCUAACAAUUGUGUACCAAUUUAUAUUUCAUAUCUAUUAGCAUAUUACAGGGUUUAAAGACCAAUUUUGCCCCUUGAA